GGCGCCGCGGGCGGGGCGGGAGCGGUGCCCGCCGCCCUCUGGGGAGAUAAAAACCCGCGGCCGGAGCCCGCCCGUGUCUUUCUGCGCUGCCGACAGCAUGACCGCCAUCGGGGCGCAGGUGCCGAGGCUGCUGGCACAUCGGAGACUGCAGAAAUCCUUCUUUGAGACACUCAUCCGGAGCCUGAUCAUCCUGUGUGUGGCCAUAGCAGUGGUCUUGUCAUCCAUCUCUGUCUGUGAUGGCCGCUGGCUCUUUGCAAGGGGUCAGCUCUUCGGACUGUGGCACUUCUGCACCAUUACCAAUGGCAGUGUCCUGAAAUGUGUCACUGACCUCAGCCUGGCCAAGGUGGAAGGGCUGAGCGUGGCAGUGAUUCCCAUAAGAAGCAUGGUUUCCUUUGCUGUUGUGGUUGCUAUAUUUGGCCUGGAGCUGCUGAUGGUGUCCCAGGUCUGUGAGGAUGCCAACGCCAGGCGGAAGUGGUCAAUGGGCUCGGUUCUCAUCCUUGUCUCCUUUCUGCUGUCAGCCACUGGGGUUCUGAGCUUCUCCAUCCUCAUGAAGGAUCACCUUACCUUCACGGGCUUCACACUGGCAUACUGGUGUGAGUUCAUUGCUGCCUUUCUCUUCUUCCUUAAUGGGAUCAGUGGACUUCACAUCAACAGCCUCACACACCCCAGGAACGGGGUAGGCAAAAUCUAGGUGCAAAGGGUGUACCUCUGCCUUUGUGUAAUCAGCUUUGCCAAUUAGACUGGAAAGAAAGGGAGUCUAAUGAAGUUUGAAAAGGACAACGUGUCUUAAAUUGUGUGCAAGGAGGGGAAGCAUGAGUCAGUCUUGGUGCCUGUAGAAGACGUACCCACCCACUGGUCAUCAUGGAGAGCUGUGCAACAUGAGCAGAGCAGAGAUCAGUCUGGCUGUUGCUGAAAUGCGUUUUUGUGGAGGAAUAGAUUAAAGAAAAGUGAUGUGCAGACUGGCAUCAGACUGUGACCUGCACAUGGGCUCAGUUUUGAGGUCUUCACAAAGCCUCUACUGCUGUGAGUUGGGUGCUGCUGGGCUUUCCCCUGCACUCUGGAGCCUUUGAAGAGUGCCACAAGUUCAGUAUGCCUCAUGGCUUUGUCCUGUCUCAGGCACAGCUGAUUAGUGCCUGGCCAUGCUCACUGGUGUGAAGUAUUGAAAAUCUUCAUUGGAUCUCAUUCCUCCAUUUCUCUUUGGAAAGAGAAAGCACACAGAUAUUGAUCUGGUCACCUGUUUUUGUUUCCUGUCAUCACAUUCCCUGUACCUAUCCUUUCCUCUCUGAGUUUUUCUGGGACCUCUGAUAGAGGUGCAGGGAGAUAAAGUUGUCUUGGUGCCAAGGACAGGGGUUGGGUGAUGCAGGUGUACGGGGAAGUGUUAUGAUGCCUUCCUCAGGCAGCAGUGCAUGUUCCUGCCUUUGCAGCCUCUCCCUGAGGUCACCACUCCUCUGCCAUCCCUGUGGGACAUGUGCCAAUCACUCAACCAAACCAGCUCCCUCACAGCUCUUGUGAAGCUCUCUGUGAUGGGGCACUGCUCUGCCUGGUUUCUGUAUUGUCCUUUUGGGACAAGUGAGCAGGGGCUCACACAGGAAGGUGUUAUGGCUGGGCAGACCAUGCUGGGAUGACCACCACACCUUCUGGGGUGUGUUUUGGUUGUCAGAGUUUCUCACUGGGGCAAUGGGAAAUCUCAUCCUGUAGCUCAUCCUGAUCCUAUAGCAUUUCUUAUAGGAAUAGAAAUCUCUACAUUAUCCUGACCAGACCAAAUCCUUUUCAUCUUCUAAUUCUACUAGUCCUGGGAGGAGAAGCAGAUCAUGAUUGCCUAAGAAGGAACCAAAGAGGGCAGCUCUAAUCUGUCACAGCAGGUUGAACUACAAAGGGACAUGGCCAAAGUUAUAUUAAAGUUGGUCUUCCUCCUGCCAAUGACUGAGUCAAGAUCUCUAAAACUGCUUCAGCUUUGAGGUUCUCCAGAGUGUCUGAUGAAAAAGGAGAGAUGUCAGAGGCUGGUUGCCCUGCAUGUCAGAACUGUCCAACAUACUGCACUCUGUUGUCCACAGAUAAAAAUGUGUUCAAGAGUAUUUCAGGGUUUCUGGUUUAAUGUUUGUUUUGUACCCGCUGGUUGAACUGCUUGUAUUUUUGUUUUAGAACAAAUGUUUUUACAUGUUUCAUCUCUGUAGUUUGUCUGAUAGCUGUUGAGCAAGGUUUUAAUUUCCUGUGCAGCCAGUUUGACACACUUCUUCACCUGAAACAAAACCAUCAAAUCACAGAUGUGGAGAAGGCUGUGUAGGUGAGCCACGAGUAAACACCUUGGUGAUUACAAAGCUGCCUCUGGAAAACUGCACUGUGACUGUGUCUGUCUUUGGGAAAGUGCUUCUGACCAGCUGAACUGCACAGCUGAAGACGUGCUGGUGGGCUGAACUUGCAGAUCUGUGUGAGCAGUGCUGUUGGCUUCAGCAGAACUCUUACCCCAGAGUCUGCAAUGUCCAGUGCCCAACUGUUUCACUUUGGUGUUACCAGGUGUUUAGUGCCUUAAGGAACCAAUAAUCACUUGUGGUGCCCGUGCCUGGCAGAACAGUUCCCCUGCAUCUCUAAACGUGUCCAUGGCUUGUCUAGAAACAUGGAUGUAACUUCAGAGUGCCUUCUUGGUGAUAUCCCAAGCUGGAAAUCAAUUCUGGAUGGACUCUGUGCUAGUGGGAGGCUGUGCCCCCCGGCCCCUUUCCUGGGGAGGGCUGCUAUAGCCAGGCUGAAUCCCAGGGUGGUGCCUUCAGGUUAGAAGGAGGCAGUGGAUGAGUGGCCAUUCAGUUCAUCCAAGGCCUGGUGCAAUUGCGAAUGGUUUUGGGAUGGCCUCUUCUUGCUGGAGGCCUUUUGUUGGGGGUAGGGAAUACUCUAGGGAACAUGUAGUAGCUUUUCCAAAUGCCUUUGUAUUGUACUGCUUGACUUAUUAAUGCUGGGAGAAGGUGUGUUUUGAUGGAUAAAUACUACAAAACAAGGUUGGUUUGUUAAAUAAAUUUCUUUGAAAUGA